UUUAGUCUCAGUUGUAUUUAUCUGUGAAGGUUUUAUUGUAUUUGUUAUUUAUAAACAUCGACAGGUGAUUCGCAUAAUUUUAUUUAUAUAUUAAUACAUAGUUGUCCUUCUUCAUUUGGAUCGAGAUGUUAGUUACAUAACUAUUUUAUAGGCACAGCAUUGUAUGAAUAUCUUUUAUCGUUUGCCCUGACCGAAGAUCAAUUAAGAGAAAAUGGGUUCCCUAUGGCACAUCCUACAGAAACUGGAAGAGCUGUAAUUGAUGGCAUUUAUGCAAAUAAAUCUCGAUAUUGCAAUGACCAGUUUAAAAGAACUUGCAUUAGAUGCCAAAAAGUUUAUUACGUUAAUGUUGAUGGUGAUUAUGUACGAGAUGAAGAAUGUGAUUUCCAUUGGGGUCGUCUGUGGAAGAGAAGAAGUAUGACUUUACAUACCAAUUUUAUAAUAGCUUAUUAGAUAUUUAUGGUGACU